ACGAAUUCCAAGUUUUUGCUGCUUGAUAUCGGAUGCACUCAAGACCAUAUUUUGUUGUUUUUGGUAUAGGUAGAGUCAAAAUAUUCUUUCCUCUCAGUGAAUAACUGGAAUUACGAAGAACAAAAAGUUCUUUUAGAUAUCCAGGAUACAUAGAAACAAAUAAGCUCUUUAAAACUACCGUUAGAGUUUUGAUAAGUCUUCCAGUAUAUAAGGAUGCUAUCUUUGCUUUCUUUAACAGAUCAUUAUAACUAGACAGUGGAUCAUUAAGAAUAAAUCGUAAAAUACGUUUGUUCAAAGACUCUGUUAUCACAAUUUCUAGUACCAGAAAAAUGCCAAAUAAGAGAGCAAUAUUGAAAGUGUGGUAGAAAAAAAGCUUUAUAUAAAUGCAGCAUUACAUUACUGGUAAUAAUGUUUUUAUAUCUCUAAGAACACCAAAUCAUUUAUUAACCUUUUCACAUAUCUGUGAGAAGUGACAAUUAAAACUCAAAUCCUUGUCGAUAGUUACACCCAAUAAUUCGAUUGAAUUCUUAACUGGGAAAGAAAAUUCAUAUUCACUAUUUGCACCAAUCAUCAUUGCCUGAUGCUUGUCUGGAUUUACAAUCAUGCCAUUUCGCUCAUACCAACUGUUAGCAAUUCCAAGUUCAUAUUCCAGCCGUGUGUUAAGCAUUAAUUUCGAGGUCCUUGUCAGACAAGUACAACUGUUGAUCAUCGGCAUAGGCAUUCAAGUUUGCCUGCUUAAUGUGAUAGAAUAAAUCAUUGAUGUGAAUGUUGAAAAAUAUGGGGCCAUUAGGACACUUCCCUGGGGGACUCCUCUUCUCACUAACUCCCAUUCAGAAAAUGUGUCUUCAAUACUCACACACUGUGUUCUUGCAAAAAGGUAGCUCCUCAAGAGUCCAAUGCUCAUUCUCGCCAAGACCAUAAGCCUUAAGUUUGGCAAGCAAGAGAGGACGAGGGAAACUGUCAAAGGCCUUUGAUAAGUCCCUAGAAACAGUUGCCACAGUUUAUUUACUAUCAGGACUUUUCCUCCAGUCUUCUAUCUGCAGUCUUAAUAAAGAGAUGGAUUUUCAAGCAGAGCCUCGCCAAGUCAGCUUCCUCAGUGAUCAUAACUACUGGAUUUCGUGUGAAUCCCCAAGAGCCAAUGGACUGAUAUCAGAGCAAAUGCAACCAUUUGAUGAAGUUAUCCUGGAUUUCAUGAAAGAACAAGAUAUUCCAGGGGCUAGUGUUGCCAUAAGUAGAGGAGGAGCAGUGAGAUAUUGUCAAGGUUAUGGCUGUGCUGGCACAGGAAGGAAAGUUCAACCAGAUUUAAUGUUCAGGAUUGCUAGUAUCAGCAAAACAAUUACUGCUGUUGGUGUUAUGAGACUUGUUGAAGAAGGGAAAUUGUCUCUGGGAGAUAGAGUAUUUGGUCCAAAUGGAAUUUUAAAGGAGCACAGCCCCACAGAAAAUGGUGAUAUUCGACUCUUAGACAUCACACUGAAACAAUUGCUUCAUCAUUCAGCUGGAUGGGACCGAGACAGGGCUGGGGACCCUGUGUUCUGGAAGGUUGGAAAACAUAUGAAUGUUGCUGAACCUGUGGCACCUAGUGUACUUAUACAGUACAUGAUGGGAAGAAAACUUCAGUUUACUCCAGGAAGAAGACAUGCUUAUUCCAACCUUGGUUAUACAGUUUUGGGACAAGUCAUUGAGAGAGCGACUGGUCAAAGAUAUGAAGAAUUUAUGACGACUCUUUUGAAUGUCAUGGGAAUGAAGCAAAUGAAAAUUGGCAGAACUCGGAAGAACGAACUCAGUGACAAGGAGGUGGAAUAUUUUCACAAUCGUCACCCCAGGAUGGUGAAGUCGAUAUUUCCUGACGGGUGUAAAGUGCCACCACAGUAUGGAAGGUGGACCAUGGAAGAGGCGGACGCCCAUGGGGGGUGGAUCGCAACUGCUUCUGACCUGUUGAAGUUUCUCCUCUCCCUAGAAUCAGGAGUGAGUGGAAACAGAAUCAUCUCACGCGAAACUUUCCAAAAAAUGCUCGACAAGCCGUUAUUUGAGAAGGAUACAGAAGAAUGGUACGGGUUUGGUCUCGACAUCUGGGACAAUGGAAGCUCUUGGGGUCACAGUGGACAGAUGGAGGGUACCUCGGGUGUUUUGACACGCCAGUGCGAGGGGUAUGCUUGGGCACUGUUGUUCAAUUCUUGGGCUAAAGAUCUAGAUCUUGAUGGUCUGGUAAAGUACGCGUUGAGUCGCCUGUUAUCUGUUUCGAUACAGCCAGAUUUUGGCGGUAUAUUUCCGAGCAGUAUUCUAACGGAAGACAAACGACAAUUGAUUACAAUAAUGGUACCAAAAAGCCAUUUCUGGCCAUUGUACGAGGAUGUUAAGAGUCGAGGAUUUGAAUUAACAUGGCUGAACGCCUAUAGAUUCGCGGAUGCUUUAUACUUCAAUACGAUUUUUUUCCAGAACGCUAAUUUCAACUCGGCCAUGUCUGUUUAUAUUGGACUUACAAAGGAUGCUUGCCGCGAAACACUGAACAAUCUUGUCGGUCUACGGCCUGUCCAUAUCGAAACUUACGUUGAUGACAACGACUUACUUUUCGCACUGCUGGUAACCUCCAGUAAUGAAGUGUCGUGGACAUUAGAUUUGGAUCUGACCGUGGCUCAACAUCGAAAAAAUAUGCCCGUGAUGUUUAAAAGUGGUUUUAAUCUCACUGUACAGUGCUUGACCGAGUACAAAGGCCGGCUACAUGUCUCAGUUCUGUACGAAAAGGUCGCGAAUGGCGAAUGUAUUGCAGAAUUUGACCUGAAACCAGAUUAUUAUCAGUUUGAAUUUCACAGACAGGCAAAAGAGGGAUUGGUGUUAUCUUACGCCAAGGCCUAUCACGUGAAAGGUCAACCUCGAUUUAGUGUGAUUUGGACCAAUGAGAAGGCAGAAAUCAGCAGAACACGACACAACGUGUCCAAAUAUGGCUUUUUGUUUGAAAUGAGAGAAGCGGCAAAAAAGAACUGUUAUGCUAAGUGUGUGAGUUGUUAUAACAAUGAAGAUGUUCUCAACUUUUUAGCAUCGUGGAACAAAUAAAUCUCAACGUCCAUUUCGUUCAAUGAAUGAAGCAUUGUAUUUCAGUAUUUUUGCCUGGAGGAAAGAACUGCUUAAUUUGUGGUGCUGCACUGUACCAAGAACCUUUAAUGUUACGUGUUCUUAACCAAGAAGUAAUGGUUAGGUCUCUCGUAUUUGACGUGUCAGGCACUUGUCCAGUAUAUGUCUUAAGAUAUUAUGGGAACUACACAUUUAAAACCCGUUCAUCGAAUACAUAUUUUAAUGGAUUUUUCUCUUAAAUUUCUUUACCACAAUGUGUUUGCUGUAGUUUCAUCUGCGCUAGUUCGCUUGGGGCAAACUUUAUCAUGGUCAGUUGAAUUCUGAGGUAUUUCACAACUCCCUGAGGUUACUUUUCCAAGCAGUAUCGUCGUCGAUUUACAUGCGCACUCAGUGUAUGCACAUAGGUAAUCUGUGAAAAUUGUUUUCGCGACUGGUACACAAAUUAGAUAUUUCAUUAUUUCAGUUCCAAGUUAUUCGAUCUAAAGAUCUGUUACUCAAUAAAUAUAUAGUUAAAUA